AUGCAUAUCCAAUUGCCACCCUCCUAUACCACCCAGUCGGGUCCGAGCAACAGCGAUGGCCUACUUCACAAACUUUUACGCCUGGGUCGAGUUGAAGAACAAGGCAUUGAGCCGAUUCCGCUGGGAGAGCGGACAUCAACUUGGUACUUCAACGCCUUCACUGUUUGGUGCUCUAUGAAUGCCAAUAUCCUUCCGAUUACGUUCGGUAUACUAGGUCCCCCACUCUUUGGCCUCAAUCUCCGCGACUCUUCCUUCGUCACUCUCUUCUUCACGCUACUCUCAACAUUAGCCCCGGCUUAUUUCGCAACGCUGGGUCCCAAAAUGGGAAUCCAAGGUCACUACUUAUUGCUGACUUCUUUCCUUGGUCGCUACCUUGUAUCAGUGCCAGUCGUCCUCAAUCUGGCUACCUUGGCUGGAUUCUGUGUCAUCAUCUGCGUCGUUGGUGGCCAAUGUCUGUCGGCCGUCACCAACGGUGCUCUCAGUCCAGAUCUAGGCAUCGUACUCAUUGCACUCUUAUCCUUAUUCAUCUCAUUCUGCGGGUUCAGAGUAUUGCACUUCCACAAAACAAACGCUUUUAUCCCAGCAGUAAUCGCCAUAGUAAUCACCGCUGGAUGCGGAGAUUCGGGACUGGCUGAACAGGCCGAGGUGGCCCCAGCAACCGCAUCUGCCAUUCUGAGCUUCGGCAUGAUCGUUGCAUCAUACAUGAUCCCUUGGGCCUGUAUUGCUCCAGACUUGACGACCUACUUUGACCCAAGGGUCCGCGGUGCAUCGUACCGCAUUUUUACUUAUAGCUUCCUCGGCUUGAUGCUUCCUACUGUCCCUCUGAUGACUCUGGGUAGUGCUAUUGGCGGUGCCAUCACUAACGUGCCCGAGUGGCAAGAAGGCUACGACAAGACUCUAGUCGGUGGCGUGUUAGCUGCCAUGCUGUCGAGUGCUGGUGGCUUUGGAAAGUUCGUCGUCGUCAUUUUGGCCUUCACACUGCUCGGCAACGUUUCUGGCACUCUUUAUGCCAUCAUGUCACGAAACAGGAAUGUACCUUGGCUUGUUCUGGUUCCUCGUUACAUCUUUGCGAUCAUCGUCACAGCCAUUAUGAUUCCAGUCGCUAUCAAGGCAGAUCAUGACUUCUUUCUCAACUUGGAGAACUUCGUGGCUUUGAUCGGGUACUGGUGUGGUGCGGCUGCACUUGGGGCCGGUAUCCUAAGCUUCAGUCCCGUCAUCUCUUGUAUGGCUCAAGCCUGGUGGACUGGACCACUUGCGGAAACUACGAGCGGGGUGAUAUAG